CUAACCGUGCUUCGCAUCAACUUUGCUUUUUGAGAUGAUUGUCCUGGCAUGGUUUCCGUACUUUAUGUGCACCUGAUUGGCUGAUUUCGCUGCACGCUGAACACAAUCGUUUGUGAAACGUUUAGCAGUUUAGGUGAAGAUGAGUCUCAGAAAACAAACCCCCAGUGACUUUCUGAAGCAGAUUAUCGGCAGACCCGUGGUGGUCAAGCUCAACUCGGGCGUUGAUUACAGAGGUGUUUUGGCCUGUCUGGAUGGCUACAUGAACAUUGCUAUUGAGCAGACAGAAGAGUACGUCAACGGGCAGCUCAAGAACAAGUAUGGAGAUGCAUUUUUGAGAGGAAACAAUGUUCUGUACAUCAGCACCCAGAAGAGGAAGGUGUAGCAGAAAUCUUCUUUUUUUAAUUAUUGUUAAUUUGUUUUAGAGAGCGACUUUUUGUUUUUUUGUGGUUUUGUAAAGUUGAAAUGUUCUACAAAUGACAUAAGUUGAUAAAUGAUGGAUUUCAUUUACAUUUUCACACUGUUAUGACAAUAGAAAUAAAAUUAUGUUGAAUGGA